ACAUUACAUUGUUUACAUCCUGUAACGUUAGUUGUGUAUUAACUUUUAGGUGUAUGCAAUAUGAAUGGGAACAUAGCAUCACAGAGUAUAGUGACAAUAACAAGCACGACUGAUGAAAAUUAUUCCUCUUCCGACGUAGAUUGCCUGGUUAAAUCAUGGAUGAUAGAUUAUUUGUUUCUCUCCAUAACUCGUCAUUUCAAAGAGAAGAACUCCGAAGAGUUCGUGAGAGAAGUGCGGUCAUUCGAAGCUAUGAUCGACGGGCUCGAAUUGGAGGACCAUCAGAUGAAGAAAAAGUUAGUCUGUGGUUUUCUUGCAAGGGUCAUGGACGCAAAAAACUUGGAUGUCAGAUACACCCAUGACGAAGUAGUCACACCACUGAUGUCAGCGGUAACAGUUUGGAACGCCAUGGACGAAGUUGUGGCAGAUGCUAAUCUUCAUCAGACCGUCAAACGUCUGCUCUUCGUUCAGUCAGUCGGCGUGUGUUUGGAGAAGGGAAUGCCGUCAAUAGCCAAGAAUGCGCUGCAGUGGCUCGAGCGAGAAUGUGGUCUUCCUGAGAAAUUACAAAUGAAACUCGCCUCUAUAGUAAGUGCUAAGAACACUGAUGAUCCGUACCUCACCAGCUUCAGUUUUGCCCGCCUGUUGGAUAAAAUACAAUCAUUCCUUGACGCUAUUCUUGAAGAAAACCCAUCAAACUUUCUGCUGCAGGCAGGCUCCAAGGUGGUGCAUGCCCGACAGGAUAAAGACAAAUCACAGGUCCAAACCCAAGAGCUGGAGGAGAGUGCAUGUACAGAGCAAUCCACAGACCAGCCAACACAGAAUGGAGAUCUUUCCUUGCAUUCAAAGCUCAGUAUGAGACCUAAGAAGAGACUGCUUGCGAAGCGUACUCCUCAGCCCUGGAUACCUGACUCUGCCAAGAAGCCCUCAGUGGUGAACUACAAGGAAUCCAAAAUAAAAGUUAGCCGGCUGUCCGGCAGAUACACACAAACGGCAGACAUGGACACCUCGGUGCUGAGAACCAAGAGGAUGUGGAUGAGUGACGAGGACAGAUGUCUGAAAGCCGGAGUGCGGCAAUACGGAGAGGGGAAGUGGACGAAGAUCCUGCAGGAGUACGACUUUGGCAAACGCACCGCCAUCAUGCUCAAAGACCGAUGGCGGACACUUAAGAGACUUCACCUGGUCUAGCGAACUAUUGACAGCCACUGUAGCAAUGGUGUCCUUUUUUUUUUAAUUAAGAUACGUAAGAUGUUAAGUUUAAGUUACAUGAACAACUAAAUGGUAUUUAUUUUUCUAGAAUAUUUCGCAUUCAACUUGACUGCAGGUAGAUGCUACCAGUGAAAUUGAAUGAAAUAAUGGGGGGAGGCCUCUGUAAAACAGAUCAGCUCGAAUUGCAUAAUUAUAUUUGCAAAUAAAAUGUAAUAUUCAAACAAUAA